UUUCAAAAUCCUAAAAAAUGUGCUACGUGAAUAGAUUUUGCCAUUACUUUGCCAAUCGCUACCCGAAGAACUUUGUGAGGAUAGUGCAUCCACUUUCGAUAGUUUUCGUCCUGUGCAGCACAGCUUUCUUCUUCUCACUGCAGAUGUUUUACAUUGCGCCCAAAGUGUUUGGCGACAUUGCUUACAAGCUCUACUGGAUAUUGGUCACCUUCAUAACGCACAACAUACUUGGUAACAUGCUGGCCUGCUAUAUGACUAGCUCAUCGGUAAACACCUUGUCCAAGGACUCCCGAUGCCCGAAUCCAGAGGAUGAGCCCCUGUGGCACUAUUGCGAAUCGUGUAAAAAGCUGAGAUCGCCACGAUCCUGGCACUGCGUUUUGUGCAACACCUGCAUUUUGAGACGGGACCACCACUGUAUAUUCACGGGCACUUGCAUUGGACACAAUAAUCAACGCUUUUUCUUCUGGUUCACAUUUUAUUUAACGCUCGGCUUAGUCACAAGCUUUGCAACAUUUUGUAUGUUUAUCCUGCAGAAUGGCGGUAACUUCAUGAGUCUCUCGUCUGUGAUUUUUAAUUUAAUAACUAGGACUUUUUUCCAAAAUUAUACUGGCAAUACUUUUGAGACCAUUGCCUUCCUCUUGAAUAUAAGCGCCAGCUAUAUGCCUGCCUUUAUGUUGGCAUAUCAAAUGCAGAUUUUAAGCCAAAACUCUACCUACUAUAAUAUUUUUGAUUGCACCUACGAUCUGGGUUUCCGAAAGAACUGCCAGACAAUAAUGGGCCAACGAGGACUUUGGACUUUUAUAUCGCCCUUGCUGAAGAGUCCUUUGCCCCAUGACGGUGCACAUUGGCAGAUGAAGCAGUCUCACUAAAUUAAUAGACGUAUUACUAAAUUAUUGAAAAAUAUAUAUCGAUUUUAACAAGCC